CAAAAUUUCCCGCCUUUUCGAAAAUGUAAAACACAUUUCCCAGCUAAAGGUACCUGAAAAGAAAAACAAAACCAAGCCUUUUUAGUUUUAGGGUUCACACCAUUGUCCACUUGUUCUUUUCGAAACUCAGACCACGCCGGCAAAUGUCGACCUGGCAGAUAUUCUCCGACGCCAGCAACGAUUUCCGGUGGGAACCCUCCGAUCGAGACCUCCAAAUCAAACCCGACGAUGAUUCACCAAAUGGCAGAAGCACUCGUCUCCCUUCAAUGUCCGAUCUCGCUCUCCAAGGAUGUGCGAAACUUCUGGAGAAUCGCAGCGAAGGAUUUGGGAGUUCUCCGAUGUUCCGAACCGGGUCGGGGAAAUCGGUUGCGGUGAAACAGUCUUCGUUAGCGAAGGCCUUAUCGGUUCUCGGCGACGAUGCGGAGACCAAUUCAGGUCGGGUGCUAGCUAGAGAUAAUGGAUGUGGUUCUGCAAAUUCUCUCUUCCAGACAGGCUCAGGGAAAAUGGUCAAUAUAUCUUCAGACGGCCUUGUUAGAGCCAAGACAUUGUUGGGAUUGGAAGAAGAUAAUGAUAAUUGUGUUUUUCAAGGCCUUCAACAUUCAGUGAAGCCGUGUAACACCAAUGGAUCAUUUGGAUGGAAAAGUUCAUCUGAUAUGGAAAUGAGAGAGGGUGUGAACAAUUGUGAGAUUAAGAAUUUCACAUCAGUUACAGGGUCUUCGUUAGUUUCUAAGAUUGGUUUAGAAGCAACUAGGUUGACAAAUCAGGAAAAUCCAAAUCUUAUGCAACCCGAAAUGUAUAAUUCAGCUCUCAAACCACCUCCAAUCAAGUUCCAUACUGCAGGUGGAAGAUCUAUUUCUGUCUCUAGUGAUGCACUAAAACGUGCAAGGAGUCUUCUUGGUGACCCAGAAUUGGGAACUUUCUUGAAUGAAGGGGAUGGAAAUGAUUCAGUUUUUUCAUUUUCAAAGGAGACAAGAUUCAAUGGCGCUUCUUCAAAUGACGGAAAUGAUCCUUGCACUCCCUUUUCUUAUAAGGAAAUGGCAGAGAGUAAAAAUAUGUCGAAAAUUUUUGUGUCCCCGUUGCGAUCAUCUUCAAAUCAAGUGCGGUCGUCCGUCAAGUCAAAACAUAUUGUUUCUGGGAAUAACUUGAUCGAAGAAUUUGAUGCUGUUCAACAGGAAAAUGCUAGUGGGUUAAAUAUUAAUGCGUCUUCUCUACAGAAGCCCCUAAGCAACAGCCAUGUUGAUCCUAAUACAGUGGCAAAAAGUUCUUUAUCAAAUGGUAUCAGUUCAAGGAUUAAUGCACCUCGAAAGUCACCAGCCAGGCCCUUGGUUGAUAUUUCAAAUACUAUUGUCACAACUUGCAAAAAUACUGGACAAAUGAAUAGCGUAAAGAGAAUACUAGGAAGGAGUUCUGUUUCUCCAUUCAAAAGGCCUCGUUCCAAAUUCUCCACCCCUUUGAAUAAGGAUGUUCCAUUUAUUUCCAAUGGAUUAUCUACUUUAGCAUCUGAUCAUUCAUGUUGCAAAAGAAGGAUUUCUGAACGAUACCCGUUUCAGAUGUCGAGAAUGUAUGUCAAGGAAUAUUUUAAAGUGCCUCUGUCAGAUCAGAAUAUGUUGGAUCUUUUGUCAGACCAGGUUCGAUGGAUGAAAUCAACUGAUGCAGAAAAGUACAUGUUUCAUGAUGUAUCUGGCUUAAAUGGCAUUGGACCAGAAGCUUUUCUCCACAUGCUGGCUCAGUCUGGAGCAUCCUUGCAAUAUGCUUCAAAAGAAUGGGUCAUCAAUCACUACAAGUGGAUUGUUUGGAAACUGGCAUGUUAUGAGAGAUGCUAUCCAGAAAUAGCUGCUGGAAAAUUCUUGACAGUGUCCAACGUGCUCGAGGAAUUGAAGUAUAGAUAUGAAAGAGAAGUCAAUCAUGGUCACUGUUCUGCAAUCAAGAGAAUUCUGGAAGGGGGUGCAUCACCUUCUUCAAUGAUGGUUCUAUGCGUUUCAGCUAUUUGCUCAAAUUCUGACCUAAAGAAUGAGACUUGUUCCGUGGCAGUAAUUGGGGCUGAAAAUAGUAAUGUGACUAAGGUUGAACUAACUGAUGGGUGGUAUGCAAUGGAUGCUGUACUGGAUGUACCACUGUCAAAGCAGCUUGCUGCCGGAAAACUGUUUUUGGGGCAGAAACUUCGGAUCUGGGGAGCAGGAUUAUGUGGCUGGCUUGCGCCUGUUUCACCCCUUGAGGUGUCGAGGACAGUUAGUCUGCUAUUGCACAUGAAUGGCACAUAUAGAGCUCAUUGGGCUGAUCGGCUGGGAUUCUGUAAAGGUGUUGGUUCUCCUUUAGCAUUUAGGUGCAUUAAGAGUAACGGUGGUCUAGUCCCUCAGACUAUAGUUGGAGUCACACGAAUAUACCCUGUCCUCUACAAGGAGAGGUUAAGUAAUGGCGGGUCUAUUGUCAGAUCGGAGAGGAUGGAGUGUAGAAUGGUGCAAGUAUAUGAUCAGAGGCGAUCUACUGUUGUAGAAGGCAUUGUUUCCGAGUUUCAAAGAGGCAUAAAAGGUUCACAUAUUUAUAAUGACUCUGACAGCGAUGAAGGAGCAAAUAUUUUAAAGAUACUUGAGACAGCUGCAGAACCUGAAGUUUUAAUGGCAGGGAUGAGUCCACAGCAAUUAACUUCUUUCACCACUUAUAAAGCAAAACUAGAGGCAACCAGGCAGUCAGACAUGGAGAAAUCAAUUGAGAAAGCUUUGGAAGAUUCUGGUUUAGGAGAGAGAGAAGUCACCCCAUUUAUGAGGGUGAGAGUAGUUGGAUUAAAUAAUAAAAUUUCUGACAGAAAGGACAGCCCUAAAGAAGGGUUGAUAACAAUCUGGAACCCAACAGAGAAGCAGCAAUAUGAACUGGUUGAGGGACAGGCUUAUGCUGUUUCAGGGCUUGCACCAAUUAAUUCUGAUGCACAUACCCUAUACUUGCAAGCAAGAGGAUCCACUGCCAAAUGGAAGCCUUUAUCUUCCCAAGAAACUGAACACUAUAAGCCAUUUCACAGUCCUCGGAAAGCAGUCUUAUUGUCAAAUUUGGGAGAAGUUCCUCUUUCCAGUGAAUUUGAUAUUGCUGUGGUCAUUGUGUAUGUGGGAGAGGUUUUUAAAGCUCCCCAUCAAAAGAAACAGUGGGUGUUUGUGACAGAUAGCUCCAUUUCUGAGUCGCAGUCAGAAGAAUUAUCCAAUUCUUUACUUGCCAUCAGAUUCUGCUCACCAUUCAUUGAUGAUGAUUCAUUCGCCCCAGUCAACUCUAAUCUUGCAGGAUCCACAGUUGGAUUCUGUAAUCUUAUCAAGAGAGCAAAGGACCAAAUGAAUCAUCUCUGGGUAGCAGAAUCUACGGAAAAUUCAAUAUACUCUCUGAAUUUUGAUUCUCGCCAUUGUUCUCACCUCAAAAAUGCAGCUGCCUCUGCUCAAAGAUGGGCAAAACUCUCUAGCUUGACUAUUGAUAAGCUUAGGGAGAAGGUUUUAUUAAUUAUUGGUGAUUGCAAAGGCUAGAUAAUGAAUGGAGCUGAUACAAAUCGGACUAGUUAUUUGUUUCUAAUCUAUGAUUCCUCCAUAUUGGUGCUGGUUCCAGUGCAAACUCAAUGGAUAUGGUGAGCACAUCAUUUGGAAUGCUUGAAAGACUUCAUUUUUUCUGCAGUGCAAUGUUCCAUGGAAGAAUGUGGAAAUAUUGCACUGUGUGCAGGGAUGUAAGUCAUUUUACUUCAGUUUUGAGCCAAUUGCCACAGUUUGAGAGGUUUUGGUUGAUUGAGCAUGUAUAGUUCUGGAAGUUGCAAAUGAAUUUUUCUUUCAGCAAGUCAAACCCAGUUAAGAUUCUGUAAAAUAUUCAGUAAGCAAUUUUGCGUUUAUACCAUUUUGGGUGGAGGGAAAGGCCUGGAGUGUAGAGCAAAUGUGAAAUUGCUGAGAUGGCUGAAGUUGGUCUAAUGUAUAGUCGGUAAAAUGGGUACCUUUCCCCAAUGGUCAAUGAAGAAGCUAUGUACAUAUAAUGAGAAAUUAUAAUGUUCGUUUGAUUCGAUA